GGAUUCACCCCCUCGUUCCUUGCUGAAUUCCAGGGACACAGGCCAGUGCCACCACCGGAGGGUGUGGACCCAGUUAACCCCGGGAUAACUCCUGGCCCGCUCCCGGAGCCGCCGCUGCCCGCCGGGAGCUGCGGGGAUGCCCCGUCGGCGGGCAGUGCCCACGCUGGCCUCGCUGUGCCUGCAGAGCCUGGCCCAGCACAUGCAGAGCUUCUGGGCCAAGGACUACAGUGACAACUACCUGGACGAGUACGAGUUCCGCUUCCUCGUGGGCCCCUUCAACGACCUGGCCUGCGGGCUGGUGCAGGAGCUGCUGCGGCUGCUGGGGACGAGCCGGCGCCUGUCGCGCGCGGCGCUGCACCUGCUGCUGCUGCCUCACCUGCGCCAGCUCAGCCUGCGGCACUGCCCCUCCCUGGCCAACAACGCCCUGGGGCACCUCAUCGUCCUGCGCUGCCAGGGCCUGAGCUCCCUGGACCUGGGGGGCUGCGGGCGGCUCUCCCCGGCCGUGCUGGUGGACGUGGCCGAGGGGCUGCCCCGGCUGAGCCGCCUGGGGCUGGCACACACGCAGGCCAACGUGCAGGUGCUGUCGGCCGUGGGCUCCUGCUGCCGCCUCCUGCGGGAGCUCGACGUGUCCGGCUGCAGGAAGGUGACCCCGCGCGCCCUGCGGCACCUGGGCUACGACCCCGUGGCCCGGACCCCCGGCUGCCCCGCGCUGCGCGUGCUGCUGGCCCGCGACCUGGAGCCCGACGGGGACGCGGUGGCCGCCGUGGCCUUCCUGCUGCUGGCCCUGCCGCACCUGGACGUGCUGGCACACGGGGCCCUGCCGGACGCGCUGCGCCUGCUCCACGGGGGGCGGCUGGACGGCACCGCCGACCCCGAGGGCUUCCCGGCGCUGCGGGAGCUGGCGCGGGGCCGGGGGGCGGCGCCGGGGGGGCCCCCGCUCACCCUGCCCCUGCGGCAGCUCGAGGAGCUGGAAGAGGACGCCCUGGGCACCGUCCACGCCGUGUGUCCCCGGGCCGAGGAGCUCAGCGUGUGGCUGGGGGACGGGCCCGGCCCCGCGGGGCUGCGGGAGCUGCCGGGCUGGGAGUGCCUGUCCCGGCUGACGCUGGGCUGUGCCGGGCAGCGUGGCCGGGCACUGGCAGAGGUGCUGCCGCUGGCAGAGGCCCUGGGCACCCGCCUGCACGCCCUGACCCUGCACGGCUUCAGCUGCCCCGACCCGCUGUCGCUGCCCGCCCUGCUCGCCAGCUGCCCCGGCCUGCAGAGUUUCAGCACCGAGCUGCACGUUCCUCCGGACCCCCACGCCCCUGCCGAGCCCCCCGCCCUGCCACCCCGCUGGGCCACCGACCUGCUGCCCCAGGGGCUGCCCCAGCUCCAGAGCUUCUCGCUGGCCCUGGCCGGGCCCGUGCCAGCCGCUCACGUGCCGGUGCUGGGCUCCACGCUGGCCUCGGUGCUGAGCCGGGCCCCGCGGCUGCAGAGCCUGCGCCUGCUCGCCCUGCCCUUCCCGCUGGACUCGGUGCUGGAGCCGGAGCUGGGGGAGCUGCAGGAGCUCUCGCUGGCUGGAAGCCAAGUGUCCCCCCACACCGUGUGGCACCUGCUGGGCUCCGAGGGGCCCCUGCGGCGCCUGGACCUGUCCCGCUGCCCCGACAUCCACCGGCGCGACUACGACGGGUUCCUGCAGUUUGUGCGGAGGCAGCGCCUGGACCUGGACAUCACCUGGGAGUGACGGCACUGGGGGCUUUAAUAAAGGGUCACAGUCCCA